CCCCCGCGCCCGCGGCGCUGCGGACCCCGAGCACCCUCAGCAACCAGCCCGGGCGGCGGCACGACUCGCUCUCGCCAACCUCAUGGGCAGUGGCUCCCGCCGGCGAUGAUGGAGAACCUAAUAAGGGGAAGGAAUCCCCCACAAUAUCAGAGAAGUCCUUGUAAAGAAGUUCGUGCAGCACUUCGGAAGAGGCCUGAAGAAGAGUUGCAGUGCCUGGAGAUGACCACCAAACGGAAAAUUAUCGGCCGACUGGUGCCGUGCCGAUGUUUCCGAGGUGAAGAAGAAAUCAUCUCAGUUUUAGACUACUCCCACUGCAGUCUUCAGCAGGUGCCAAAGGAGGUCUUUAACUUUGAGCGGACAUUAGAGGAGCUUUAUCUAGAUGCCAAUCAAAUUGAAGAGCUACCCAAGCAAUUGUUCAACUGUCAAGCUCUAAGAAAACUAAGUAUUCCUGAUAAUGACCUUUCAAAUCUGCCAACCACUAUUGCUAGUUUAGUUAAUCUUAAAGAACUCGACAUCAGUAAAAAUGGUGUACAAGAAUUUCCAGAAAACAUUAAGUGCUGUAAGUGUUUAACAAUUAUUGAAGCCAGUGUCAAUCCCAUUUCUAAACUCCCUGAUGGCUUCACGCAGCUUCUAAAUCUGACCCAGCUCUACCUGAAUGACGCCUUUCUUGAAUUUCUUCCAGCCAAUUUUGGAAGACUUGUCAAAUUGCGGAUCUUGGAGUUAAGAGAAAAUCAUUUGAAAACUCUACCAAAGUCAAUGCACAAACUGGCCCAGUUGGAAAGACUUGACCUAGGCAAUAAUGAAUUCAGUGAGCUGCCUGAAGUUCUGGAUCAGAUACAAAAUUUAAGGGAGUUGUGGAUGGAUAAUAAUGCAUUGCAAGUGCUACCUGGGUCUAUAGGGAAGUUAAAGAUGUUGGUAUACCUGGAUAUGUCAAAAAACAGAAUAGAAACGGUUGACAUGGAAAUUUCUGGAUGUGAAGCCCUUGAGGACCUCUUACUGUCAUCCAAUAUGUUGCAACAGUUGCCUGACUCUAUAGGACUGUUGAAAAAACUAACUACUCUCAAAGUAGAUGACAAUCAACUUACAAUUCUACCCAACACGAUCGGAAAUUUAUCUUUAUUAGAAGAAUUUGACUGUAGCUGUAAUGAACUGGAGUCUCUGCCUUCUACUAUUGGCUACCUUCAUAGUCUUCGAACAUUAGCAGUCGAUGAGAAUUUCCUUCCAGAAUUACCCAGAGAAAUUGGAAGCUGUAAGAAUGUAACAGUUAUGUCUCUACGUUCCAAUAAACUGGAAUUUCUUCCUGAAGAGAUUGGACAGAUGCAGAAACUAAGAGUCUUAAAUUUGAGUGACAACAGAUUGAAGAAUUUACCAUUCUCAUUUACCAAACUUAAAGAGCUUGCAGCUUUAUGGCUUUCUGACAAUCAGUCCAAAGCCCUUAUCCCUUUACAAACUGAAGCCCAUCCAGAAACAAAGCAAAGAGUAUUGACUAACUAUAUGUUUCCCCAGCAACCUCGUGGUGAUGAAGAUUUCCAGUCAGACAGUGACAGCUUUAACCCUACACUGUGGGAAGAGCAGAGACAACAACGCAUGACUGUUGCCUUUGAAUUUGAAGAAAAAAAGGAAGAUGACGAAAAUGCUGGGAAAGUUAAGGAUCACUCCUGCCAAGCCCCCUGGGAAAGGGGCCAGCGUGGGAUUACUCUCCAACCUGCCAGACUGUCUGGCGAUUGCUGCACACCAUGGGCCAGGUGUGAUCAGCAGAUCCAAGAUAUGCCCGUCCCCCAGAAUGACCCACAGCUGGCAUGGGGUUGUAUAAGUGGCCUCCAGCAGGAAAGGAGCAUGUGUACUCCAUUGCCAGUUGCAGCACAAUCCACCACUCUUCCCUCUCUAAGUGGCAGACAGGUUGAAAUAAACCUAAAACGAUAUCCAACUCCUUACCCAGAGGAUUUAAAGAAUAUGGUAAAAUCUGUUCAAAAUCUGGUGGGUAAGCCAACCCAUGGAGUGCGUGUUGAGAAUUCAAAUCCAACUGCUAACACGGAGCAAACUGUGAAAGAAAAAUAUGAACACAAGUGGCCUGUAGCCCCAAAGGAGAUUACAGUGGAGGAUUCUUUUGUUCAUCCAGCUAAUGAAAUGAGGAUUGGGGAACUUCACCCUUCAUUAGCUGAGACCCCUCUGUACCCACCCAAACUUGUUCUGCUAGGGAAGGACAAAAAAGAAUCAACUGAUGAGUCUGAAGUUGACAAAACUCACUGUCUGAAUAACAGUGUUUCCUCAGGCACUUACUCAGACUACUCGCCUUCCCAGGCUUCCUCAGGAUCCUCUAACACCCGGGUUAAAGUGGGGUCCUUGCAGACAACAACUAAAGAUGCAGUACAUAAUUCUUUAUGGGGUAACAGGAUUGCACCGUCUUUCCCACAGCCUCUUGAUUCGAAGCCAUUACUCAGCCAGCGGGAGGCUGUCCCCCCGGGGAACCUACCACAGCGUCCUGACCGGCUGCCCAUGAGUGACGCCUUCACCGACAACUGGCCUGACGGUUCCCAUUAUGACAACACGGGCUUUGUCGCAGAGGAGGCCACGGGCGAGAACGCCAACAGCAAUCCUCUCUUGAGUUCGAAAUCCAGAAGCACGUCUUCCCACGGACGCAGGCCUCUGAUUAGGCAGGAGAGGAUUGUCGGCGUGCCCCUGGAGCUGGAGCAGUCCACACACAGACACACACCAGAAACAGAAGUGCCUCCUUCCAACCCUUGGCAGAACUGGACUAGAACCCCUAGUCCUUUUGAAGAUAGGACCGCUUUCCCCUCCAAAUUGGAGACCACCCCCACCACCAGCCCAUUGCCCGAGAGGAAAGAACACCUAAAAGAGCCCGCUGAGCUACCCGGUCCGUUCUCUCCGGGGGUGCCGUGGGAGUAUCACGACUCCAACCCCAACAGGAGUCUUGGCAACGUCUUCUCUCAGAUCCACUGCCGCCCCGAGUCUUCCAAAGGCGUCAUCUCCAUUAGCAAAAGCACAGAGAGGCUCUCCCCGCUGAUGAAGGAUAUCAAGUCCAAUAAGUUCAAGAAGUCGCAGAGUAUCGAUGAGAUUGACAUCGGUACGUACAAGGUGUACAACAUCCCCUUGGAAAACUAUGCUUCCGGGAGCGACCACCUGGGGAGCCACGAACGGCCGGACAAACUGUUGGGGCCGGAGCACGGUAUGUCCAGCAUGUCGCGAAGCCAGUCGGUCCCCAUGCUGGACGACGAGAUGCUCACGUACGGCAGCAGUAAAGGGCCCCAACAGCAGAAAGCUUCCAUGACUAAGAAAGUCUAUCAGUUUGACCAAAGCUUCAACCCCCAAGGGGCGGUGGAAGUGAAGGCCGAGAAGAGGGUACCGCCCCCCUUCCAACACAAUUCUGAGUACGUGCAACAGCCCAGCAAAAACGUGGCCAAGGACCUGGUCAGUCCCAGAGCCUACAGAGGAUACCCACCGAUGGAGCAGAUGUUCUCCUUCUCCCAGCCGUCUGUCAGCGAGGACGCUGUGGCGAACGCCCAGUUCGCGAGCCAGGGCGCCAGGGCGGGCUUCUUGAGGAGGGCCGACUCCCUGGCCAGCUCCACAGAAAUGGCCAUGUUCCGCCGGGUCAGUGAACCUCAGGAGCUGCCUCCGCCUGAGAGGUACGGCAGGCCCCCGUAUAGGGGAGGGCUGGAUCGCCAAAGCAGCGUUUCAGUGACUGAGUCCCAGUUCCUGAAAAGGAAUGGCAGGUACGAAGAUGAACACCCUUCAUAUCAAGAAGUGAAAGCUCAGGCGGGAAGUUUUCCGGUUAAAAACCUUACCCAGAGGAGGCCGUUGUCUGCGAGAAGCUACAGUACAGAGAGUUACGGUGCCUCCCAAACCAGGCCAGUCUCAGCUAGGCCUACUAUGGCAGCUCUUUUGGAAAAAAUACCAUCUGACUAUAACUUGGGUAACUAUGGUGACAAGCCAUCAGAUAACAGUGAUAUAAAGACGAGGCCCACUCCUGUGAAGGGAGAGGAGAGCUGUGGUAAAAUGCCUGCAGACUGGAGACAACAGCUGCUUAGACAUAUAGAAGCUAGAAGGUUAGACAGGAAUGCUGCUUACAAACACAACACAGUUAACCUUGGCAUGCUGCCCUAUGGAGGUAUUUCAGCAAUGCAUGCAGGCAGAAGCAUGACUUUAAACUUGCAGACUAAGUCUAAAUUUGAUCUCCAAGAACUACCUCUCCAGAAAACCCCGUCCCAGCAAAGCAACAUUUUAGACAAUGGACAAGAAGAUGUAUCUCCUAGUGGCCAAUGGAAUCCUUAUCCUCUUGGGAGGCGGGAUGUACCUCCGGACACCAUUACUAAAAAGGCAGGUAGCCACAUCCAGACUUUGAUGGGGUCCCAAAGCCUUCAGCAUCGUAGCCGGGAGCAGCAGCCAUAUGAGGGAAAUAUAAACAAAGUGACCAUCCAGCAAUUUCAGUCACCAUUGCCUAUUCAGAUCCCCUCUUCACAGGCCACCCGGGGACCUCAGCCUGGACGGUGCUUAAUUCAAACUAAAGGGCAAAGAAGUAUGGAUGGAUAUCCGGAGCAGUUUUGUGUGAGAAUAGAAAAGAAUCCUGGCCUUGGAUUUAGUAUCAGUGGUGGAAUUAGCGGACAAGGAAAUCCAUUUAAACCUUCUGACAAGGGUAUCUUUGUUACUAGGGUUCAGCCUGAUGGACCAGCAUCCAACCUGCUGCAGCCUGGUGAUAAGAUCCUUCAGGCAAAUGGACAUAGUUUUGUACAUAUGGAACAUGAAAAAGCUGUAUUACUACUGAAGAGUUUCCAGAAUACAGUAGACCUAGUUAUUCAACGUGAGCUUACUGUCUAAAUAUUUUUUAUAAAUAGUGAAGAUACGUCUAGCCAGACCUAAUGUUCAAAAAUAAAUUUAUACAUAGAAACAAAUUUUGCCAAUUGCUGGACCAAUGGCAAACAUUAGUGCCAAAUGUAUAAUACUAUAUGUUAGCACUGAUCAUCCUUAAAAAUGUUAACUAUAUAAAUAUGAUGUUCAUGUGGUUAUGUAUUAGUUUUAAUUGUCAGCCUCUGGCUGUGCAUUGGUGCAGUUUUGUUUUUGUUUUUGUUUUGUUUUUUUUUAAUCAAAUAAGUUUCUUCUCGAAGUGGAUUUCAUAUAAUUUCGGAGCACGGAAGCACAUACAAGCUCUUUACGAAUUCUGCUCUCCAUCAGAAACACUGCCUCAAAGUUGUAUAUGCCUUUAUAUAGAAAAUACGAAUAUAAAGAAUUGUAAUUCCCAUUAAAUAUUUCUAGCACAGGUAUAUGUUGGCAUAUAUACAAAAAGAAUAUAGAGAAAACAAUAUUUUCAUAAACUAAACAUCUCGGAUUGAGAAAGAAACUAUAUCUUAAAAUAAGACUUUACUAUAUUGAAUCUUUUUCAAUAAAAAUUACAUGAUAAUGCCUUAUGAAAGUAACUGUACAUAUGGUAUAAAGUGUUUAUACUUGGUUCCAUAUUCAUUUGCUAAAUUCUCAUUAACACAGAGUGAAAUAUUUCAUAAAUUAGCCAUUUAUCUCUGGGACCGGAAUAAAAAUAGGACAAAUUAAUUUGUUCAAUGCCUUUAGCUAAUUAUAACACACACAGAAUUAAGAAACAGACUAAAGGUCAUUAUAGAUAAAUCCUUUUCACCACAAAUUUAUGCAGUGAAUGAUGGGUGGCAGGAAAGAUAUUGCUUUAUUUCUUUCAAGUUUAUGUUGAUUAUAAACUGUAGCCCCUGUGCUUUCCUUACUUGUAAAUGUGGAAUUUAUUUGUGUGUUGCUUUAUCUAAUUUGCUACUUUUAAAUAAUUUAAAAUGAGUUUUGGAGAUUGAUAAAAUUUAUCAUUAAGAAAGACCGCUGUUAGAAAGUUAUGGUGGAUGAUUAAAAAACUUUGGUAUUUAAAUAUGAAACUUCAAAUAUAAUUUCUCAGAGCUGUGGUCCCACUGUAUUUAUUAAUGUCAGUGCCUGUUUUUGUGGGCAAAAAUAGGGAAAAUACUUUUUUUCCAAAAAAGUUUCAAAGUAUACAAUCCUGGGUUCUGUCUCACUGGAAAGACAAGCAUAGUCGAUACAGAAUUCGUUAUUUUUACAUUAGAAUUGUUUUCCUCUAUAAAUGAUCAAAAUCCAUUUUAUAAUUCUUUAAAAUAUUUCUUUUAUAUAUUAGUCAUUACUAUGAUUAAAAUAUUAAUUUGGAAUUUCAGAAUAAUUUCCCAGAGUUGGGUGUAUGCAUGCUCUCUCAUAUUUCCACAUAGCUCAUUAUAUACAUAUAUAUACAUAUAUGUAUACAUAUAUAUGUAUAUAUAUAAAAUGAAUUUAGUUUACAUGCUAGUGUUUCAAGUAUUCUAUUAGGAUUUUCACAAUAGUAUCAUGUAUUGAUGUCACCAAAGCUCUGAGAGUAAUAUUUGUAAGUUAACUGUUUUAUGGGGACAUUGAAAAUACUGUAUUUUUGUAGGGUCUAUUAAAAUGAGUGUCACUUAUUAGAAGUACAGUGGUAUUUUUUGGCAAUAGAAUUUGUCACUUGAAGGCAAAUGAUACUUCACUUUAUAGAUGAUGCACUAAUUUUGAUGUUGCUUUACGUCAGGGUGACAUUAUACCAUGAUUUUAUAGGGUUUGACAUUUAGCAAAUGAUUAAAUGAUUGGCCUAUUUAA